AUGGCGACAAUAACUCAACAAUCAAUCUCUUACACAACAAUUUUGUCAUUCGCAAUUUCAUUGAUUAUUAUCAUCAUCGGUGCAGAAUCAAGGGAGCUUCGUCCAUCAGUACACGGAUUACCAUAUCAGGAAUUCCAAGCAAGGUCGCCAGAAAUGAUGAUGUUCUUCGGAGAAGAGUUCUCGCCUCCGACGAAGAAUUCUCCGUCGGCGGAGGUUUUGAAUGAAACGACGACUUCAGAUUCGUGGUGGCGUGGAGGUCCGAAGAGAAAAGAGGAUAAUCGAUUGAGACAAGGAUUAUUGAUUGCGACGGUUGUUUGUGGUGGUACGGGAGUGGUGUUAUUGUUAGCUGCUGCGUUUUUGUUUGCUGUUCAUUUUUAUCGGCGAAGAUCGGAGGAGACGACUGUUACUGCAAAUAAUAAUAGCAAUUACUCUGUUUCUGCUACCGCUACUCUUGCAAGUACAACAGCUGCUGGUAUGAAUGAAACGAAAUUAGGAAAUUGA